AUGGCACAUGUCAUGAUCUACUUGGGCAUGAGUCUUUUGGCUCUUGAUUUGGGUGACUUCGCGUGUCCUUCCUUGGCCCACGUUCCAAGCAGUGAUGGAUCUUUUGCUGCUCUUGGUCUCGCUCUGCUGGCUUCCGCGUUCUUCCGAAGCCUUGGCUCAUCGCCUGGCGAAUGCGACAGCGGCAACUGUUUCGACCUCAGCAGUGAGCUUCAGCUGUGGCGCCAGCGUGGUGCGGAAACAGGCGGAGUCCAGGCGGAGGCUUCCAUCAGAGUCUUCAUGAAAAACCGCGGUGCUUUGAAUUGCGCCACAGCCCAACCAAUUCACAUCACGAUCACGGAUGUGAAAGAUGCUACAGUUGUCGAUUGGCACGAGUUUGCCUCCUCAAUGGGGAAUAAUGAGAUUAAACAUCGCGACUUUCAAGUCAAAGCCCACGACACCCUGCACGAGUUCGCUUUUCGAAAGCUCAACGAACGGACAGGACUCGAAUUGUUUUGUGGCGAAGCCUCAUUUCAACGUUCACGACAUCCCACUGAGACAAACGAGACCGUGAGAUCGAACGACAUGUUCUGCCCAAGCUUUGCGGAAGUCUGGGCGAUCGAUGGCGAAGGCAACGAAAUCAAUGCUAUUGGCUUUGUAGACCUCAGUGGAAGCGAGGACAAUGAUGCAAACCAUUGGGUAACCUUCAAGUUGGUUGAGGGCGGGAAGCUUUAUUGUCACGAGCAGCUCUGGCACGAAGUGAAACAAUACGAUUGCGGGCAGCCUGCCGAACCUCCGCAAGUCGAUGAUGCUAUUGCUGAAUCAGGUGACGGCCUAGAGUUCUUUCUGAAGAUGAUGGCGGACCUUCUUGGUAGUGCAAUAGCCGAACUCAGUGACAUUCAUGGAUGGUUCAUCGCAUUUGCCAUGAGAUGGCUGAUAAGCGGAUUUGAACUCUUCCCGGAGUCCGGACCCCCGACCCCUCGUUGCGAGGGUCAGGAAGACUACGGACUGUGCAUCUGGGGCGAAAUCAAGCCGUUUGUGGAGAAAUACGUCAGAGAAGCAUUCGACCAGUUCGAGUAUGAUUCAUUUGUAGUGCAGCUUAAGAUCGCCAGAGAUCUCAUGAGCUGCGCCAUACAAGGCAUACAGAUAGAAGGUACAUGGAACACAAGCGACGGAUCCUACGAGACGAAUGCGACUCUGACAGAUGCCAGUGAGGCCAUGAGCCAUUUUGCCGACAUGCACACACUUGCAAAGGACAUGGCCGCCAAGACCAACAUCUUCACCGACGCCAAGGCACCCUUCUCUGUCGUAUACCAUGCAAUGUACGUGACGCUGGCAAUGAGCGUGAUGUCGUCUUACUUCAGUGUAGAGUGUUUCCAGACUGAAGUAAUCCAAAAGGAGAUUGUCGACUGGAUGGAAGGCCAUAUUGAAGAAGCGCACAGUAUGAUGGACAAAGCGGUGCAGCUGCGACUGCAGCUCAUCGAACAGAAAUUUGCCCUUCAGGACGGGGACACGAAUUACAUCUUGACGGAUGGAGCUUUGCCUGAUGGCACAAAGUGGGCGCAACGACUUGGGUGGACAGAUUUCGAGUACGUCGAGGGGCAAACUUACCGGUUGGACUAUUAUUGCACCGAUAAGAGAUACCAGAACGGUGCUGGAGUUUGCACACGAGCCUACAAGUACAAGGUUGAGAAGUCGAUCAGGGAGCUGCUCCAAGCGACUGUUGAGCCUCACAUAGAGGUGUGGGGGAAUUUCACUGAGCAAGUGAAGAAGUUGAAGGUGAAGGACAAAUCCGACUGCGAUCUUGAGGUCUCUGGAGUCAAGAAGGGCAGUACUCCAAGGACACCAUGCAAGCCCAAACCCUGA